AUGCUGAUACUGGAGCUGGGGGCGUGCAUCAUCCCAAUGACGCUCAUCUUCGUGCCGCUCCGGCGGCUGGUCCUGCUGGUGGCCAAGCUGCAGGAGCUGGAGGAAUGCUUCAUGCGCCCCAGGCCGCCGCCCCCGCACAUGUCCGCCGAGAUGUACGGCCACAUGUCCACCCUGCACACCAUGGCCAUCAUGGUGUGA